UUGCCUGAGUUAGGCAUUGUUUGCCAUGCCACUAAACCUGCCGUCAAGUGAAACCUUCAUUGGGGAAAUGAGAUCGGAGUCUGAACCGCAGAAGAUGGACGCCCUGUCUCUGUUUUUUAUUGUUUUACUUUAAUUUCAUUUCUUUUUCUUUAUUUUGUCCCUUUUUUUUUGUUUUUGUUUUUGUUUUUGUUUUGUUAAAUCUCUUUCACUUUAACUUGUGAGCUGGUUUUCCAGUUCUUUGUAAAUGGUAUUCCAUUAAGGGUUCAUAACAUUGCAUUGCAAAUUAUAUUGGGAGAUGAUUAGUAGAGCUCAUCCUUAACAUAAAAGAAAUUUUCACAGUAAAUUAGGAUAUGGUUUCGUGAAGCUCAAUGCUAGUCUUAAUUGGUGUUUAUAAACUGAUCAGGUACAUUUUGUUCCCAAAACACUAAAACACUGAUGAGAUUCUUAGGAACACGUUUUGAUCUCAGUGUAACAUUUUUGCAGUUUUCUCCCAAGUCUGCAUCUGUCAUAAAGACCAACUGAUAGCUUCUAAUUUUCGUCCUCCUCCCUUAGAAUUUUAGGCAUACAAAAUCAUCAAGGAAAAUAAGUAAAUUUCUUAUAACAUUCUGGGGGUAGAGGACAAGAGGAGACUUUUCACUUUUAUGAUAUUUAUUAUAGAAAAUAGCAUUUCUUUGAUUUGAAAACACUUUUAAUUGCCUACGUGGGGAAUGGAUAUUUGAGAAACUGUUGAAUACUUACACUUGUGUGUGUAUUUUUUUGCUUGAAUUUUUUUGUUGAAAAAUGUUCAGAGAUUACUAGUUUCUAAAUGGAUUCUGAGAUUAGGAUGAGUGAGAGACAUUGUUUUUUCUCUCAGUUGUCUUUGAUGAGUACAGUUUGGGAAAAAUGCUAAAUGCUUAUUUGUUUUAUACUUUUAUACACUCUGAUAGUAUUUGGAGGGUAUAUUUGGUAGAAUUUUAUCCUGAAAAUUAAGCAAUGGAACUUUUUUCUUAAAGUAUCUUUAAUGGUAAUUAGAAAAGUAAAAAAUAUUGUGCUUUUAGUUAGACUUAAUACUUAUAAUAGUUUAUUAUACUGUGAGAGACAGUGAGAGGCAGACAACCUCCUGAUACUAUUUUUAAGCCAACACUGAAUGACUUUAUUAUGUUAAGUAAUCAACUUUUGGCCUGUAUUGAAUACCCGUUUUGUUUGUGUGGUCUUUCAUGUGGAUAGUUUUGCUUAUUUAAUGGACAGGUAAUAUUAAAUUGGGGACAUUACUAGAUUGGAACUCUUUAUUUGUUUUUUAGGUGCAUAAAUUAGGGUAGUGAAGCAUAGGGUUUGUACCUUAGGACCUCAGUUGACUUAUCAAGAUGUGUACAGGUUUUACAAAUAUUAAAAAAGUAAUACUUAUUUUUAACAGAUAAAGCAGGUCUGAUAGUGAUGUAAAUAGUAUAUGUGAGUAUACAGAUAAAUGUCUUAAUGCUAAUAACUAAUAAAUACAAAAUAAAUUACUGUUAUUUGAUGUCUUCAGUAAGGCCUUCCUGCCUUUUAAUCUUAAUGCAUGUUAAAAUCAGUGCUUAUGCAGAAUUUACUGAAAUAAUAAAAUGACUUUGUUUUUGAAAUUAGUAAAUUAAGGUAAUAUAGCCUUAGAUGUUGCAAAGCUUAGAAAUAAGUAGGCGUUUGCUAAAGCUAAUAAAAUGUGAUUUCUGUAUUUCUAUAAAUAAGGUGUAACCACUACUUAAAGCAAGUUUUAAAAUUCGUCUUGAAUUCCAUCCAUGUUUAGAAAUAUAUUCAGAUAAUUUUUUUAGAAUUUAUCCCUGCACAUGUGGUUGUGUUAAGUUGAAUUUUUACCACUGAAACCCCACAUGGUGCUUUUUUGAAAAUUUACUCCACAUGCUAUUUUCAAUUUGGCGUGACUUUGUACUUUAAAUUACUUUUGAAGAAUUCAUAAUGGAAACGUGUAGCCAAAUACCACAUAAUUAUGAGUAGUUCUGAAAUUGCUAUAUGUAGUCAACUUUUUAGAAAUUUUCUUUUUGGGAAGGUUGAGAGAAAGGACCAGAAAAAAUGUGUGAAAGUCCCAGCCCUUAUCAAAAUUAAUUGAUUAGAAUUCAGUAAUUAAAUGUGGCAAAUUGAUAGACUUAAUUCAGAGUAAAUUUCCUUUUUUUUAGUCGUAGGGAUUUCUUUUUCUUAGUGUCUAGGGUUAUUUUAAUGUUAUUGUUGUUGUUAUUAUUAGGCACUUAGGACGCUUAUAAGCAAGACAUUUAGGCAUUAACCACCCCUCUUCAGAUAAGUAUACAUAAAUUGGUUCUAAAAGUCAGUAAUAUAAGAAGUUUCCUGAGACUAGGGAACUUUUUUUUGUUAGUCAUUUUCAAAAAUGUUAGCAGUUUCCCAAGGCAUAUUCUUUGGAACUGGAUUCUUUUAGUCAUCUCUGUCAUUGUUGGUGAGAUGCCUUAUUAACUGAAUGGGUGUAGGCUUCCUUUCCAAUUGAAGCUGAUUACAUGUGGUAGGCUUUUGGUUUUUUCUGUCUACUUGAAAUUAAAUGGGAUCUUUUGGAAGGUUAUCAAAAUUGUUUGCAUCACAAGUAGGUAGUUUCAAUUAACAGGAUAGGGACACUCAGGAACAGAUUUCAAUUCGCACAUAUUUGUUUUUUUCUUUUUCUUUUUUUUGACUAAUUUGGUUAUUUGCCAUUUCUGGGGAUUAAACUUUAAAAAAUGUUCUUCUUUUCUGUAUCUGAUGUUCUGUGUGCUAUUAGUGAUGCAGCCAACACGAACGGUUGUCAUGUGUAACACAACUUUCGAUCACCGCGAAAACACCGUCCUGGGAAAGCGUCCAUGCUUGAUAUCGUUUGGUUCAUGAACAUUAAGUUUCCAGUACAGGUAAAAUCCCAGAGGAAGCCAAAGCUCUCUCUCUAUUGGCUCCUGCUCCAACCAUGACAAGUCUGAUGCCUGGUGCAGGCUUGCUUCCCAUACCGACUCCAAAUCCCUUAACUACACUGGGUGUUUCCCUUAGCAGUUUGGGAGCUAUACCAGCAGCAGCACUAGACCCCAAUAUUGCAACACUUGGAGAGAUACCACAGCCACCACUUAUGGGAAAUGUGGAUCCUUCCAAAAUUGAUGAAAUUAGGAGAACAGUCUAUGUUGGCAAUUUGAAUUCCCAGACAACAACAGCUGAUCAGCUACUUGAAUUUUUUAAACAAGUUGGAGAAGUGAAGUUUGUGCGGAUGGCAGGUGAUGAGACUCAGCCAACUCGGUUUGCUUUUGUGGAAUUUGCAGACCAAAAUUCUGUACCAAGGGCCCUUGCUUUUAAUGGAGUUAUGUUUGGAGACAGGCCACUGAAAAUAAAUCACUCCAACAAUGCAAUAGUAAAACCCCCUGAGAUGACACCUCAGGCUGCAGCUAAGGAGUUAGAAGAAGUAAUGAAGCGAGUGCGAGAGGCUCAGUCCUUUAUCUCAGCAGCUAUCGAACCAGAGUCUGGAAAGAACAAUGAAAGAAAAGGCGGUCGAUCUCGUUCCCACACUCGUUCAAAAUCCAGGUCUAGCUCAAAAUCCCGUUCUAGAAGGAAAAGAUCACAGUCAAAACACAGGAGCAGAUCCCAUAAUAGAUCACGUUCAAGACAAAAAGAUAGACGUAGAUCUAAGAGCCCUCAUAAAAAACGCUCUAAAUCAAGGGAGAGGCGGAAGUCAAGGAGUCGUUCGCGUUCACGGGACAAAAGAAAAGACAACCGAGAAAAAAUCAAGGAAAAGGAAAGAGUGAAAGAAAAAGAUAGAGAAAAGGAAAGGGAAAAAGAGAGAGACAGGGAAAAGGAACGUGAAAAAGAAAAGGAACGGGGUAAAAACAAAGAUAAAGACCGGGAUAAAGAACGGGAAAAGGACCGAGAUAAAGACAAGGAGAAGGACAGAGAGAGAGAGCGGGAAAAAGAGCAUGAAAAGGAACGAGACAAAGAGAAGGAGAAGGAACAGGACAAAGAAAAGGAACGAGAAAAGGACAGAUCCAAAGAGAUAGAUGAGAAAAGAAAGAAGGAUAAAAAGUCCAGAACACCACCCAGAAGUUACAAUGCAUCAAGAAGAUCUCGUAGUUCCAGCAGGGAGAGGCGUAGGAGGAGGAGCAGGAGUUCUUCCAGAUCACCAAGGACAUCAAAAACCAUAAAACGGAAAUCUUCUAGGUCUCCAUCCCCUAGGAGCAGAAAUAAGAAGGAUAAAAAGAGAGAAAAAGAAAGGGACCACAUCAGUGAAAGAAGAGAGAGAGAACGUUCAGCCUCUACAAGAAAGAGUUGUAAUGACAGAGAUGGGAAGGAAAAGGUGGAGAAGAACAAUACUUCACUUAAAGAGAAGGAGCACAAUAAAGAACCAGAUUCAAGUGUGGGAAAAGAAGUAGAUGACAAGGAUGCACAAAGGACUGAGGAAAACAAAGUACAGCAAAAUGGGAAUUGUCAACCAAAUGAAGAAAACCUCUCUACCAAAACAGAAGCAGUAUAGGACCUACAAAUGCACCUCUAAACACACGCUGGAAUAGAAUCCAAAGCUUUGAAUUCUCUCAACAAGAUGUUAAACAGUGAAGAAAUCCAGUAGAGCAUAAAGAUAUGAGCUAACAGCUUUUUUAGUUGUUAGGUGACUUUGUGGCCAUCUUGUUACUGAGUAAGAAAAUAAAGCAUGGACAUCGUGAAAAUAACAGGUGUUACCCAAACUCCUCAUCUUCUAAAAGCUGUGCAUUUCCAUGGUGGCUGACACACUUGUCAUGUGGUUUGUUAAGUGUUUGCGAAGAACCAUUAAAAUAAAUGGGACAUUAAAGAUCUAAAUUUGUACUAUCCAUUAAAGACUGGAGAUAAGCAUUGGAGGCUCUUUUAAAAAAUGCUAGUAACUGAUUUUGUAUUGUUUUACUUUUUUUUUAAUUUCAGUAUAUUACAGAUUGAUGAUGUGCUUGAAAUUGGUGCAAAUAUAUACACACCCUUGUAAGUGCGGAGUAUGUAAGAAGUUUUAACAUUGACUUCACAGGAUUUACAGUGAUUGUGUUAAAUUCUCACUAUUGUGUUUUCUUUUGCUCACUGUUUAGGACAGCAGUUUUUCUUUAAAAUAGUUUUACAGAUUAAAGUUGCUUACAUGAGUGGAUUAAAAACCAGCUGACAAUGCAUGCUACUGUUCUUUUUCAAAAGGAAGAACAACUGUGUUGAAUACUAAUAAUAUAUUAGUAUUCAGUGUUCAGAAUCAUUGGGUCUUCCCACAAAGUAACCAUUUCUUUUUGAACUCUUUUGACAUUUCCAAGCUUAUUAUGAACAGUAUCACAGUGUGUGUUGUCAGUUGUAGGUGGCAAAGGUGCCAUUUAUAAUAAGAAAACUGGGUUUUCAAAAUGGGCUAUGGGAGCACAAGCUGAAGCUUUAGUGCCUUCUACAAUGUGGUAUACUGUUUUCUAGAAUUUUAUAUGGACUAGUCAUCCUCAAUUCAUAUGGAAUUUAGAUGGAUAUUCCAUUCCCUCCCAUAGAGAAGUGUGAAAGUGGUAUGUCAGAAGAGCUUCUUACUUGGUUCACUUAAUAUGAGAGGGAAGUGUGUUUUCAAGAAUGACUUUAGAGCUUAAAACAGCAAUGCAGUUUUGGGACCAUCAGUUUCAUACUGUGAUAAUUGAAAAUGAAGCAGCAUGUUCUUAUUUUACUUAAAGCAGAACGCUUUAGUUGUCUACAUUGGAUGGCCUUAAUUAUUACCUCUCAAUCAUCUUCUCAUAAAUGAUGUGCAGAAAUUGUACUUAAAGGAGAACAUAUGAGUUUGUCUUAUGUGUAAGGAUGUGUUUACUUAAGCUUAAAAUAUAGGUCAUCCGACAUUGUUAGGCACACUUUUUGCAGAAAGUAUACAAGUAGUAAAAUGACAACAUUGCUAAUAUUUUCCCCCAGAACACAACUCAUAGUUUCAGAACUCUUUUCAUUGUUGUAUUUCCAAAAGUUAUACCUUUUAAUUAGCAUGUUAUUUAAAAAAUCAAGUAUAAUUAGUUUAAUGCAGUCUAAUACAAUCAAAUUACUCAGUUGCCUUACCUCAUGGGAAGAGUUACUUAUAGAUUUAAAAAGCUGAGUAGCACAUCAGUUACUUGGUUUCAACUUGCGUUUUCUUUUAAUGUUAAUGCUAUUGAAAUUUAAGUAUUUGGUGAAGAAUGGAAAGAAUUGCCCUUAUUGCAAGUAAUGAAGCCUGGUUUGAUUAUGAAGCUGCUUAAUUACUCCUCAUGUGUUCAGAAUUACUGUUUCUUUUUUUCCUUUUUUUCACUGUGUACAUUAAAAUUUUUGAAAAUGCUUUACUAUGUAAAGUAUAGAUGGUCAUUUUAAUCAUUCAACCACAUACGGUUGGCUGGUAAACAGCUUAUUUUGAUAUAAGAAUGCUUGGGUGUAUAUGGAAAGAUUGUGAAGGAGUGUGUGUGUCUUGCAUCAAAGCUUCUUAUUUAUGAUAUGUAAGUAGAAUAGAGCAAAUGUUGUUUGAAUCUUUGUUAUUUUUAGUACUGUUUCUCUAAUAAAGCUACAUAUUUUAGAGGAAAGUAUUUGUUCAUGCAUUUCAAAACAGCAUCUUAGGUUUGUCCUGUUCUUGUUUUAGCUGGCAUAGAAAUUGUUUUGAUAUGGAGAGUGCAUGUUUGUGUGGUGUGUAAAGCCAUCAUUUAAAGUUUGAGUAUUUUCUUGUACUCUGGACUCUAUUAAAUGUUUUUUAUGUUGGUAAUUAACAUAGUUAUUUGGUUCCUGCUGCCAGUUAUUUUUCUUGAUGAGGUUUAUUCAUCUUUAAAACAGUCAUACUAAUCUUAACAGACACUGAUUUAUAAAAAUUGGGCAUGAAUAGGAAUACAAGAGAUCCGGAGAAAGUGAAAUCAUUUUCUUAAACAGGCUUAUGGAAGCAAAGCUUUCUAGGGUCUAGAGGUACUGGAGGGAAGGAGGGAGUGUGUGAGUGUGUGUGUGUGUUGUGUGUAAGACAGAGAGAGAGAGACAUCUUUUUCUCUUUGUUCACUUUUAAGAGCUGAUAUGUUUUCUUUUAUUUUUUUCUUGUAAGGUAUUUUUUUAUUUCUUUAAAACUGUCUCUUUCAUCCCAGGUAGAUAUUGUCAGGAAAACUUGAGGUAAGGCCAAGAAGACAGCCAUUUUACACUUAAUACCUUCUGUAAAUUAUCUUUUUCAUCUUGAUUAUAUAGCGAGUACAUUCUGUUCCUUAAAUUGUAGUUGCUAUUCAUCAUUCUAGACAAAUUCUCUUGGUCCUCUUGUUCUUGCUUUUCAGCAUUGUGCACUUAACUGGUAAUAAAAGAUGGUCCUUCAUAAGCUAGCCAGUUUCAUGAGAGGAAACAAGUAUAAAACCCUCAACUUCUACAGCUAUCUCAUUAUUUUCCAUUGAAUCUAAUUAACUUAUAGUUACGAACACACUAGUCAGCUUGUGAUUUUUCUGUUUAGAAUCAUUUUUUCCAACAAGGGGUUCAGUAUAUGCUGUGUUGAUCUUUAGAAGUAUCAUAGAGACUUAAAUUUUGACAUGCCUCAAUUAAAAGUAAAAACCGGCAUUUAGAAUCAAUUUUUUUUUUUGUCAAGAAAAUAAUUUCUUUUGUGGUAUUAGUCAUCUUCAGGAUGCUCAUUCAUUCCUAUAUAUAGGUUGCUACCUUUGAAAUUAAAAAAAAAAAAAACACCUUGAGCCAAAUCUGGUCUCAACUGAAGAUAUUCAAAUUUAAGGAUUAUAAUAUAUACUAAUGGCUUUUAAAAGUUUUUUAAAAACCUAUUUGGAAUAGUAUGAUUUGGUUUAAAUCUUUAGUAGUUGAAUUAGCAGUUAAAAUGAAUUCUUUUUGAGGGAUGCAUUAAGUAACAUUUCAGUGGGACAUUUCUUAUAUUUUCAUUGGAAGAUAGUAUCUGGUUUUAACUGGGUAAGUUAUGAAGUAGAGCUGUUUCCACAAAGUAAUUAUGUUCCUUAUGUGUUUUAAAUAUUUUUUUAAAAAAAUUCACUGCCUAUAUACUUAGAUGUUCUCAUGUUUAUUUACUAAUGUAAUAGUCAUUUAAAAUUAAAUUGUUUAUUUUCAAAUCUCAGAAGUUAGUGCUCUCAAAGGGCUAAAUGAUAUUUCUGGAAGCAGGAGUCGAGUAUAAAUGUAAUAAAAUAAUCUUUUAAAAUAAAAUUCACUUCCCUACUUAAACUUGGGUUUGUGGGUGAAUUUGUUUUUCUUAAAUACACUUUUAUUGGUGAUUCUGCCAAAGAGUGGUACAUUAUUUUAAAAAUAAAAGCUAAAGCUGAAGGUAGGUUGGAUUUAGUAACUAAUAACUAGAUUUCUUUCUAUUCCAUUUAAGGUACUUUUAUAGUUUCUAGCAAUUAAUUUAUUAUAAUUGUUUAUAUAUAAUACAUUUCUUAACAUACUGUUCUUAAAAGCAGAUUUUUAGCCUGUUGCCUGAUUUUAAAUUUACUUUGUAUCUAGCUAACAUUUUAAUUUUGAGAAUUGCCAACUUUUGUAAAACUUCACAAAUUUUACCAUUAAGAUUUAUUUUCCAAGGAUUGGAGUAGAAUAAUAGUUCUCUCCAUUCUUGAUUAACUUUUGUUUGCUAGAUAGAUAAUUUCUUAACUGUAUAUGUAAGUUCAAACUCAUGAAAUUCAUGCUGAAUUAGAGUUGAAGAGAUUGAGUUCCACCAGUUUAAGGUUAGUGGUAGGCAAAAAACUGUUAGGAAACACGCUACAGAAUUCUCUGAUUUCCACAGAAGGUUACAUUUGGGUGUACUGUGUAGUUGUAUAGGUAGUUAAAUUUAAUAGUUAAAUAUGACUCUCCUUCAUCUUAAUUAGGUUAAUACAGUAGUGCUAUUCUUUACAUAAUGCUAUGGAUUAUCAAGGGAAGGGUUCAAAAUGUAAACAAAAAGGUGCUGCAUAGGUGGUGUAUAUUAUGUGAGUAGGACUACUUCCAUAUGAUACUAGUAAACAUUUAUCAGAUGCUGCUGCUAUUGUGUUGCUAUAUUUUUAAUAAAAUGAAAAUCUUGAAAUCUUUC